GGCGGCCCUACGCUUCCGGCCCGGCGGCAGCGACCUCAGCGGCCGGGACAAGGCUCUCUGUGCCGGGGGAGAGGGAGCGGCGGCGCCAUGCGGCCGGCAGAAAAUACGAAGGAUAUUCUCGUGAUACAUGAAAAAGAAGCAGAGGAGUGGGCUCUGUAUUUAAAAUCUCUUUUUGGACACAUAGUGAACGAAGGAGGAAUCUUACUCUACAAUCUAGAGACUUCAUCUUUCAAGCACCAGGAGCUAUUCUCUUUACCCUGUUAUAAAUGUAAGCUCCUGAUAUUGUCGUGUGGACUUCUUAACUGCCUGAAUCGAAAGAGAAGUUAUUUUCUGGAACAAGUUCUGAAACCUCCGGAUAAUGUGGUGAUUCUUCUUUGUGGGGUGGAGAAUUCAGAGAUUCUUUAUGAGAUACUGGCUUUAGAUGGAGGCAGCAAAGAGAUUUCAACUGAUCAGGAACCUGAGGAAUAUCUCUCUGUUGUUACUGGAAUUAUUCAAGCAGGUAAGCUACAGAAUGAAAAUCCUGGAGACUCUUUGUCUUACAUCUAUGAAACAGUUCUUGCAGAUGAUCACCAGACUAGCUUUGAUGUUAACUUGGCAGAUGUCAGGAAAGCAUCAGAAAAAACAGACCUCAGUUUUAAAACAGAUGUACUUUCUGAAACAUUAGAAACUAACGAGCAGUCGAUAUUGGUGCUUCCAGGAAGAAUAUCAUGUGAGAACCCUGGUGAAAUAUUCAUUUUGUUGAAAGAUGAAAUAGACGAUGAAACUUUAGAAAUUGAAUUCAUAGCAGAUAAUCAACAAAUUAGGAUACUGCCAGCAUCCUGGAAUAAGAAGGUCAAGUACAUGAAAGCCUUAGAUUUUCCUGCUGGCCCUGUAUGUGUAAAUGUCUACUGUGGGGGAGUCAUUAAGACCACAGCGCAGAUCGAGUACUAUACUGCAGUAGAGGAGAUUGAGCACGUUUUAAAGAAAGUGGCUGACCCAAUAUCUUUCACUUGUCAGGCUUUUAAAUUUUCUUCUGUCGAGAAGCUGGACAAGGUUCUGACUUUUCUGUUGAAAAGCAAAAUAUCUACUUAUGAAUUCAGCCCAUUCCAAAGUGAAGAAGAGCACCAUCAACCACCUAAUAGCCAUUUGGAAGAAUUUCCUACUCUUCUUCACUGUGCAGCCAGAUUCGGAUUAAAGAACCUUGCUACGUUUCUACUCAAUUGCCCUGAAGCCACAUGGGCUUGCAAAACAACCAACAAAUAUGGAGAUGAUCCAGCAAGUAUCGCUGAGAAGCAUGGGCACAGGGAACUAAGAAAAUUAAUCAAGGAAUUGUCAGUUAAUACAGCAGAUAAUUUCACCUAUUGUGAGGAAGCAGAAGACGAUGACACUUACGUGCUUAUGUUAGGCUCAGAAACUCAACCAGCCGUGACAUCAAAAGCCAAGCAGAACCCAGGAGAUCAAUACGGAAUUGGAUCAAGAUGCCAACAAGAAGCUGAGGUGGAAGAGGAAAAGAACGAUGAUGUGGAAGACAGCAGAGAGGAGACAGAACAUGAAGAUCAAGAAGAGGAAGAUUCAUACAGCUUCCACAGCAGUCCCGACAAUUUGUAUGCCAGCAUACCUGAUGAUCUCGAAGAGAACAGAAGAGGCUGCUUUUUCUGUAAGAGGCCACCUCCUCCUCCCCCUCGAAAUCUGCCUGGCAUCCUCAGACAGGACAAUCUACACAAUUUAUCACAAGAGAGGAAUUUUGUGGAGGACAGAAGUGAAAGAGAACGUGGUGAUGGACUCAUAACAGCGUACUACAGAGAAGACAAAUAUACAUGCGAGGGGGACAGUGAGGAGGAACACCCGUAUACUUUUGCGAAACUGGAUGAAUCUGUGUACGAUUUCAUACUGGCUGAGGAGGAGAAAAGGAAAGAACGCAGGUCUUUUAUCAUGAACAGGCCGCCAGCCCCUGCCCCUCGUCCCGUAUGUUCGCUGGUCAGAGAGGAGAACACUCCCUAUAUAGUGCAAGUGUUUCAGCAAAAGGCCACUCGAGUGCUCAGUGACAACGACAGGAUGUACUGCGAUGCCAGGAAGCCCGCACACAGAGGCCACCUUGACACAGUAAGUGAUAGCACUGUGAAACACAACAGCCGUGCUGAGCAGGAAGAACUCAUCCACUUGCAGGAACAGGUGAAAAAGGGGGCAAUUUCUGCGGAUGGUGCUCUUGACAGAUUUAAACAGUGGCAGAAUGAAAAACAGAGACUACAGCCCACUCGACAGGAAAAAGCGCACCACCUUAGAGACACCACUGCUGGAAACAGACUGGAAAAGGAAAAUCCGAACGUUCCUAAGGAAAGCAGACCAGAGAGCAUUCAUUUUAGAGACCUUUUGUUCCACGUGCCAUAUAAUAAAGCGUCUCCAAGUAGGAACCCAGCAGACAAGGAACAGAUGCCUAAUUAACAGAGUGCCAUUCUUCAGCGGGCUGUGCAUCGCUUUCCUCUGCUGGGCAUCCCGCGGCUCUCCAAGCUGCGCCCUGGCAGCCUCAGGCUGCGGCACAGACCGAUGUGAGACAGCUGCGUGAUCCGCGCUGCGCUUUCCGUGUCUGGGAAUCUCUCACCUGGGCCAACUCUGGAAGAAAUCCAGUAUCGCUGAAGCAAAUUAAUAAGACUUCUUGUAAAGUCAGCACUGAAUUUUUUCUUUGCCAAUUUUUUUUUUUUCCAAGAUGCCAGCUGAGAAGUUAGAUAUAUUGCGUGCUUUGGUUAAUAAUUUUUAAACUCAUUUCAGUUUUUUCCAUAAUGCUUGAUAGUUGUUUAAAAGUAGGUUUUAUGCACAAGAGAGGAAGAUAAUGAAAAGUUAUGAAGAUUAUGAAGUUAUAAUACAUAAAAUUUAGGUUUUACUUUUUGUUAAGACGUCUUUGUAUAAACUUUGUAUAUAAAUUUGUUUUUCCUAGGAAUAAUAAUUGUACUCCAUUACUAGUUUAAAUAAUUGUACUCAAAGUAAAGACAAUUUCUGAAGUCAAACUCUGUAAAUCAGUACUAAUUAUCUACUAAUUCACUAAAGUGAUUACAAGAAUUUGGUUUACAAGGAAACUGUGUUUUGUUUAAUAAGUUCCCUAAAGUGAUAUCCAGACAGAAACCAAAAGAAUCUCUACUGCACGUAAAAAGCAAAGAGUAAGGGAAUAAAUAUGGUUAAUGGGUCUAAUGAUCUGCACAGUGAUAUAUAUACUCCAAAAUGUAAGUGAGCAUGCGACACUACAGGAGUACGCAAGAUGACUUGCCCUAUUUCAUACACACAAAAAAGGAAAAAAGAUCUCAUGCAACCUGCAGAGAGGAGGUAGAGGAGAGGAUUUUACCUUUCAGAUGAGUAGGAACUUAAAUAGAGUUUCCCCACCCUAGUUAUCUGAGCUUUGCACAGCCUUCCUAAAACGCCAGUAAACAUGCUGUUGGCCUCCGCAGAGAUCUUCGUCUUUACUAACCUCUUAGUCGUGCGUUAGUCACAGACAUCUUUAGGAACCUGAAUUGUUCAUAGCAAACCUCCCCUCAGGCUCUCAGUAGUGUUAAAUCUCUGCUUUGCAUGGACUAAGAGAUUCUUGCACUUAAAGUUCAGUUAGGAAAAACUGAAAACUACUUAUAAUCAGAGACUCUUAAACAUAAAUAAAUAUUGCUACUUAACUUCCUGUUAGUGUGACACCUACAUUGGGAAGAGGGGAGUGGAUGUGAUGUUCAGACUUAA